AUGGCUGCUGUCAGUGUGGCUGGACUCAGGCUGCUGCUCUGCUAUGGCUGUGCUGCUCCAGAUGGGGAAAAGGGGUUAAAGACUUUGGUGAAGAAAGCAACUGCAGAUGUGGUAGAAACAGCAAAAGAACUAGAAUUAGAAGUAGAAUCUGAAGAUGUCACUGAAUUACUGAAAUCUCAUAAUCAAACUUUAAUGGAUGAGAAGUUGCUUCCUAUGGAUGAGCAAAGAAUGUGGUUUAUUAAGAUAGAAUCUAUUUCCACUGGAGUUACUGACUGUGGUUAUGGAGACGGUGGAGAUGCAUACUGCACAGCCUGCCCUCCCUGCAGAUAUAAAAGCAGCUGGGGCCACCAUGGAUGUCAGACUUGCAUCACCUGUGCUGUCGUAAAUCGUGUCCAGAGUAACUGUACAGCCACCUCUAACGCUGUCUGUGGAUACUGUCUGCCUAGAUUCUACAAAAAACAACGUAUUGGAGGCCUGCAGGACCAAGAGUGCAUCCCAUGCACAAAGUGGACUGCCACCUCUGAGAUUCAGUGUGCCUUCCAGUUGAGCUUAGUUAAGGAAAAUGUACUCACAGUGCCCCAUCAAGAGGUCACACUUCUUGCACUGGUGGGAAGUCUGUUUGGUGGUAUUUACCUUGGCCUUCCUGGGCUCUUCUUCCUCUAUUGCUAGUGGCUCUUCAACAGACAUUGCCAGCAUGUUGAAGGAGAUUCACUGAAGUUUGAGGCUGACAAGGCUGUGGAGGAGGAUCUCUUCCCCAUGACACGUGGCCAGGAGACCAGUCCUGAGUUUCCACUGAGUGAAAGCAUCUUUGAGACCCAGCUAUUUAACCCCAUCUUGGAUGACAACUGCAACUCAACUCAUGGCUUCCCCACACAGGUGUCGUUUACCAUGGCCUCCUGUGCCUCAGAGAUCCAUUUUCAUUGGGUUCACACUCCCAUCGAAUGCACAGAGCUGGACCUUCAAAAGUUUUCCAGCUCUUCCUCCUAUACUAAAUCUGAAACCUUUGUGGGUAAUGCAGUCAAAAGCUCUGAAAACAGGUUGGAGGAUCUCAGUGUACCCUUUGAAGUACCCAGCCUUUAA